ACUUCCAUGAAUUCAAUCGUUGCGUGCAUAAGCUCCCAGGAUCCUAACAGUGUCAGCAGCGUAGUCACAUCAAUCCAAUGGUUUCCACAAUCUUGAAGUGCAUGAAUCUAGUCGCCUACUUGUUUGCUUAAGGAUAUCCAUGAUGUUGGUCAUGCCUCGAAUACUGAGAUGCACCAAACACAAACAGGACCAAAGUGGCUCUUUUUUACUUGCCAAUUAUCUUGCAUCAAUAACAUAAUCACCCCGGUAAUUUGCAUCCUUUCAAGUGUUCAACAAUAUCAUCGCUGAAGUAUAUAACAAAGAAGUCAAUCGGUAAACUGCGCAAUAAUAGCCAAGAACGACACUGAUAGAAAUAAGAAGGAGAGAGCUCGUCAAAAUAAUUGUUCGAAAACGAGGCAAAAACUCUAUGAAUGUAAAUAAAUCUAAGCGGGGCUUCGAAGCGAAAAGGAAUAGAAAUUGUAGCUAAGAUCCUGCUAACGAGCAAUGUUGCAUACUGACACACAUGGGGAUGAUCACCAAAAGCGUAGUAGUCAGCCUGAGUAGUUGAGAGGUAAGAAGGAAAGAACGAAUAAGUUGUCACGAGUCUGAAUGUAUAAAGCGUGCAGGAAAGGGACGAAGACGUCGCGUUUUCUCUAACGAAGACAGGUAGAAGUAGUUAGGGGAUACGUGCGUGGAGAUGCGCUAUAAUUUAAAAGGGGCACGCUCCUUCUUUUUUUGGCUCCUUGUUGGUCGAGGCACGCAAAAGUACGAUAAUGAAAGCUCAAGGGAAGAGCGAGCGGUUAAGAACACCAGGAUCAAUCUACUCGUACGCUUCAGAACACCAGGAUCUUCUCUUGUUCGGUAGCCAUGAUGAUUGUAACAUUGAGUUGAUGUAGUUGUUCAGCAUGACGAGUGAGUUGUUGCUGUUGUUGUUGUUGUACUAACGAUUCAGCAUGUUGGCGAAUGUUGAGUGCUGCCUGUGUACUAGAGAUUCAGCAUGUUGAGGAAUGAGUUGUUGUUGUUG